AUGGCCUCUUCCUCCUCCACUCCCAACCUUCUCACCCCUCUCUCCGAAGAAGAAAGCCUCAUUCAUGAUUUCGAUCACAUAUCCAUCUCUUCCUCGUCUGACCCAAAUGCCUUCUGCCUCAUCUUCAAGCUCCUCUCCCCCAGAACUGCUAAGCCUGCUUGGAUCAAAAAGGCUAUGUCUGAGGCAUGGACCCUUCGUUUCCCAACCAAAAUUUCUGAAUACCACUCUGGGCUUUUUCUGGCCACAUUCCAAUGUGAUGGGGAUCGUCGUCGCGUCCUCGAAGAGCAACCCUGGCACUUUGAUAAGUUCCUCAUUGUAUUCACCCAUCCUGACGUUUCCCUAACCCCCACCCCUGAAAGCAUCCGAUAUACCCCCUUCUGGAUUCAAGCCCACCGUAUCCCCUUUGGUCGCAGAAGUCUUCAGCUGGCCCAGUUCAUAGCUGAUGAACUGGGUGAUCUUAUUGAAAUCUACCCACUUUCCCUGCUCGAGAACUCUGGUCCUUUCCUUAGGCUCAGAGUCUUGCUAGACAUUACCAAGCCUCUGCGCAGGGGUAUGACUAUCCGUUUUAGGUCCAUUCAUGAGCCUAAAUGGAUAAGUUUCAAAUAUGAAAGCCUUCCAAAUUUCUGCUACUUCUGUGGUCGACUGGAUCACACUUACAACAAAUGUUCUCGUUACCUUCUCCGUUGUGAUAAUUUUCCUUCCCCUCCUAUUCUUGAAUACACUGACUUUCUUCGUGCUCCGGCCCAAUCCCAUCUCAAAAAGAAUCUGUUUGACAUCUCCAAUGCUACUCCGUUUGAGGAGCUUAUCCCUCCUCUUGCCUCCCCGGCCCACAGUCUCCAGCAUGCAGUUGACCAGUUCCUUCGUGUCCAUUCCCCACCUCACACCACCACCAUUGUUACGUCCACAUGCCUUUCCCCAAAUUUCGCCCCCCCUCAGUCAACUCAUCAAGCCACUCCAACCCCAAUCAUGACCACAUCCACCAUUUCUCACACUGUCAAAGGGAAAGGCAUUGCUUUCCCUGUCUCUGAACCACCUAUUUCCAGGCCCCCGGGCAUUGUUAUCCAAGAAUCCUCCACAAGAUCUUCUCCCACUUCCUCAGUGGGAACCCGUAAACACUUCACUAGAAAAUCCACUCAAGUUGGGGACUCUGUCAGGAGUAUGCUCAAGCGUGCUCGUGCAGCCCCUGGUGAUGAUGCUGUGGUCCCUUCUGUUUCUGAUGAUGAACCAACGGCGGGUGUCGCUACGCGACCCCGCCGAGAAAAAUGA